UGAACUCAGAAAACAGUGCUGAUAGAAUAUGCCUUUAAAAGUGAGACUUGAACUUCAGAUUAUGUUCUUAUCUUUUACAAGGCUGGCUACAUGGAAUCUAAACUUGAAGACAGAUUGGGAAUUUGAAGUCUAAAUUCUUUUUUCAGUCUUGACUAUGUUACUAUUCUGUUUGACUACACACUCAGACAGUUCUAGCAUUUAAAGUUCUCUGGUGUGAGUGGGUGAUCCAUGCCAGAUAAUUUCAAGGCAUCUCAUGGUAACAUCCCUCAGAAUUCUUCAAGGAUAUGAAAAAGCACAAUUUUUUUGAACCAUUGUACAAUGAUUCCAUUUUACAGUUCAUGUGAUACUGUAUUCUGGCGGGCUGGAACUGUGUCUCGUUUUUGUUAAAUGUUGUCAUCUAGGAUCAGAAAUUUUUUAUUUCAUCAGGAAUUCUACCGUUCUGGCAAGUCGUGGCUUUGUCUGUGAGGCUAAUGGGAUAUUUAUUUAUUUUAGUGUUUGAUUAUCAAGCAAGACCUAUUAGACACGUGCCAGUUUUUAAAACCUAACUGGGAACUUUAGAGUCUGUCAAAGUGACUUGCAGUGUUGCACACUGUGCAUGUGAAUGUUGCAGGAAUCAAACUUGGGUCAAUAGGAAACAUGGAUCAUUUCUAGCUCACUACCUUCCGUACUAAGCUGUGUGCAGAUUAUUCUGACCCUGGGAUGUGUUGGAUACCUACCAAGUUACCGAACAGAGACCAUUUUGAAGGUGGGAUUUGUGUCUACUCAUCAUUUGAGGAACAGUGCUACAAGGACUCAUGUGGUGGAUUAUCUUGACAUAGACGGCAGCCAUUGCUCUGGUUUCACACACAGCAGGCAUCUCCAUUUCUGACUUCUGCAAGCUAUUUUUGCUCCACUUGUAUGAUCUGACUUUUUUUGUGAGGCUUAUACUAACCUCAGCUUCCUGUUAAAACUGUGACUGCUUCCUGUUUCUGAUUCGGUGCUUGUUUUUUUGGAUUGUGUCAUGGCUACAGCAGUCCAGCCAAAUGAACUGGUGUUUGAGUUUGCUAGUAACGGGAUGGACGAAAUGCAUCAGCUGGAUGACCCGUCUGUGUUUCCUGCUGUGAUCGUUGAACAGGUGCCUUCGACAGACCUACUACAUGUGUAUUCAGGAUUAGAUGCAGAUGAUGCUCCUCCCCCUGGAAUCAUGGCAGAUACUUCAUUGGACGUAGCUGAGGAGCAGAUCAUUGGUGGAAGCAUUGGGUUAUCAGUCGAAUCUUCAUGCCAAGAUUCAGACGAAACAAUGGAGACUAUAGAAGCAGCCGCUGCUCUUCUCAAUAUGGAGUCACCGAAUAACAUCCUAGAUGAAAAGAGGAUGUUUCAGGGUUACAGCCUUCUAGAUAAAGACCUCUCAUCCAAUUCGAGGUUCCUUACUCUUCGAACAGAUGAAAUCCAUGCCCAGACAAAUGGCCAUGGAAUUGAUGUGUCUCUCGAGGACGAAGAGGAGUCGUCCACAGAUGAAUAUUCAAAGAAACAUUUUUCCAAACAAUUGAAGAAAAAGAAAGUUCGGAAGGCCAAGCCACCUAGGCCAUCUUCUCCUAUUACAGCUCCAAGCAUUCCUAUUAAAAAGAAAAACAAAGAUGGAAAAGGUAAUACAAUCUACCUCUGGGAAUUUCUUCUGGCUCUCCUGCAAGAUAAAAACACGUGUCCAAAAUACAUUAAGUGGACCCAGAGAGAACAGGGAAUCUUUAAGCUGGUGGACUCAAAAGCUGUUUCCAAGUUAUGGGGGAAGCACAAAAACAAGCCAGACAUGAAUUAUGAAACCAUGGGCAGAGCACUCAGGUACUAUUAUCAGCGUGGUAUCUUGGCAAAAGUGGAAGGUCAGAGGUUAGUGUAUCAGUUCAAAGAGAUGCCAAAAGAUCUGGUUAUUAUCGAUGAUGAUUCUCCUGACACCAAUCAAACAAGUACUUCCUUCACCUCAUCACAUUCGACCAGAGGUUCAACACGUACCGUUUCCCGCUCCAGUGGCCACAAAGUAGCCUCCACCCAAGAGAGAAUCUUCCUGUCAGCCCUAAAGCAAGAACCAAGCCACAUGUUGGUCCAGACAUCUCAGGAAGUGAAUGGAAAGCAACGCGAGCAACUGAUCAACACUGUUCAUGUUCUGCAACCCAAACAAGAAGCACCUGCAACUCAUGUGGGAUCAACGCAGUACGGCACAAUAAAUGUCCCUAAUAAUGUUCCAAUGAUGGUAACCCCCAACUCUCAAGGAAUGGGAACAAUAACCCUGCAGACUAUACCCUUCUCAACAGUUCUAGCAAAUGGCGAACUUUCAGGUUCUUCACCUCAGAAAGUCAUCUUCCAGACCAUUCCUUCAACUUCAGGACUAAAGGAUCUGGUCACAUUCCAAGCCGCACUGCCAUGUACAAAUGGACUCCCCGAUAACCCCCAGCAUCAGGUUCUUGUGAGCAGCUUCCCAUCUAGCGAGAGCGGACUUUCAACAUAUAUAACUACUACUGCAAAUUCGUCUUUGAAUACUGUUCCUCAGUUAAUGACACUCAAUGGUAGUGGGGAACCAGUUGUAGCACAGCAUCCUGGCACAGUAAUUGCAACGAUCAUUAAACCUGCUGAGCUUAAUAGCAGUAGUUUGAAAAAUGAUAUUCUGAGUUCUCACUAUCUACAGACACUGGUAUCCAGCACUUCAAAUGGUAUGGAGGGCCUAGUAAUGAAAACAGAAUCGGUGGAGCAUACACCUUCCAUGCCAGAUGCUAAUUUUCAACCCCUUCAUACUGUAAUUCUCAGUCGGCCACAGGAACCUAACAUGGUUCAGAUCGGAUCUCCUAAUGUUGGAGCAAAUGUCUUAAAUGGCGAAACACACUGUACACUCCGUGUUGGUCUGACCCCUGUUGUAGAACUUGAAUCAAGUGGGGAAUGCUUAGAAAGUCAUUCUCACCCAGAACACAUGCGUUUGGACCUUCAUGGUGCACAGAUGUCGAUUAAGAAGGAACCAGAGGAGAUAUGAAAUGAUGCCAAACCAGAGUGAUCAUGUGGGGUAUUUUCUAUGUCUUAUGCAAAUUAUCUGCAACAUUACUCAGGCUUUUUUCUCACUUUUGCAGGGUGUGUAGUUGAGUCUUCUCAUCCUGUGUAAAAAAAAAAAAAAAAAAAAAAAAAAAAAAUGUGCCUACUACAUGUAUUGUACCCUUCUGUUAUUCAUGGCUUGUAGGCCCAAAGAGGUGUAUAAAAUGUUAAUGUUUCUUAAUAUUCUGUAUUUGGCAGUGCCAGAUUAUUCUUAUGAUGGGCAUUAUGAUUCAUUUAUUGCCACAUUAGAAAUGGCAUUACCUACUCAUGUGCCUAUGUGGAUGUCUAACAUGAUGGACUCCAGUUAGUCAGUGCAUUCUGUGUGUCAGCAAAGCUAAGGCUAUGUUAUAUUUAUAAAAGAGUAAAUACAGUUUAAGGGCCAGCAAAAAUGUUGGACCUUGUUACACUGUAAAUUAAGUAGCAGGAUGGGAAAAAUGGCCAAAGUUGUGCCAGCUUCUUGAUAAGAAGAGCAGUGUUAGAGUUGAUUUAGUGAAAUUUUCUUUCCUUUGCUUGAGGUAAGGACCUUUUAUAUCUAAUCCUAGUAUGUGGUAUGACCACACAUGAGUUAUCCAUCACCUCCUUUUUCUCAGUUUUGCAUAUGGGAUGGGGAGGGGCUCCCAUCAUGAGUGUUCACACUGCUGGGUGGCUAGCCCUGUCAUAAUUUUUCUUCCAUACCCCACACUUGAACUACAUGGCGAAAAAAAUAAUCUGUGCUCUGUAAUCACCCCCCCCCCCAGGAAAAAUUAUGUGAACAGAUCUUAGUAGUAUCAUGUUCCCCGUUGUUGUGGGUUGGCAGAAUUUGGUGUAGAAAUCCAAACUAGAGUGCAGCAGCUGUAGAGCUUGCCACGUAGUAGCUUCCAUGUUUAUUUCAUACUCCUGCAACCCUCCAUUUUGCAGUUUUAGUUAUCUAGUUCUAAAACAUACUACACUGUCAGAUUAGUUUUGUUAUGCAGAAACUUGAAGCAAUUCCUUCCGCAGAAAACAGUGACCAUUUUUGCUUCACUAUUUUCCUGUCAAAACACUGAUUUAAGAUGGUACUUACUCUUUUAAAUCUGGUAACUGUGAAAGGAAAGGUAUGGCUGGCAUAAGGGAAUCAGUGAUGAUAGUUUAUGAGGGCAGAAUUAAAGUAUCUUACCUAUACAUAAAUAGAGCUUAUUUGUCUACAUGUUGUAAUAGUAAUCUAAACUAUAUGCUACUGUAAGUUUCAAUCUCAGUAAUGCGAGUUUUCAGUGGGGUCUUAGGUUCACUGCCAUAUACUGAACACAAAACAGUAUAGGAAUUGGUAGUCCUCUAACUUGCACAUUGUUGUGCACAGCUUGUGUUAAAGCGGUGUUCCAUCCAAAAUUAGUUCACUGACCUAUACUUCUUCCUUACCAGAAAAGGCUAUGCCCCCACUCCCCUAAACUGAAAACUGAAUGAACAGUGGCUACUUUUGACGUCAUUAACCAGAUUUCUUCAGUAAUUCUGAUACACAGGUUCAAGCACUGCCAUCACAGCAUCUAGAAUUUUCUGAUCAAGCCCAGUCUGCUACUAGUACUGACAGGUGCACUGUGUCUUGAUUUAUAUACCUGUACAGUUGCAUAUAGACUUCAUAUUCUGCUAUGACAACCUUUCCUUAGACCACUGUGAAUGUCAGAUUGUGCUCUUCCAUAACUAAGUGCAGGGAAUCCUAAUGUUGGGGUUUGAAGCAAAGUUAAUAGUCUAUGUGUUGUCUGUUUUCUAAAUUGUUCAAGAUCUGCACUAACUUGGUUUGGAUUUGAAGUAAUUUGGGCAGAGUAAUGUAAGUCCUGCUUCCUUUCCCUGUUUGAUAUCCAUAGCCACUGGUGAUUCAGUGGUUAGGGUAUAUGUAAUGGAUGCCCCCCACCCUAAAAGACAAGACUACUGAGUUGAAGGGGAUAAUUUUACUAUAUCUCACAUAAACAUUGCCUUCUUCUAAGGAAUUCACAGGCAGUAUAACUUUUCUUUUUGUUGCUUUAGCACCACUGUUUUACUGAAACUGCAGUUAUUCUAAUAAAUGGCAGCUGACAGCUUUCCUAGAAUGCUUAGAGAGAGGUAUGCAUGUGUACACAAACCCACCAGUGAAACAGAACGUGUGUCAUAAGGAUGAAUAUGUAUGAAAACAGUUUAUUCUGCCAUGUCCUUCCCUGAAGAAAGGUGAGCUAUAGCCAAAUUAAUAAAGGUUAAAUUUUUAUCCAUCCAGUGCCUGUCCACUAUCAAGCCUCUACAUUCUGAAUUUGAGCCUAUUCAUUCCCUUGUACUUUGGGAUUACCUACCAGCUGUAUGAAGGGUAAGGAGGAGGUGAGGUACCAUCCAGGCAUCCUUAGGGUGUUGUAAAAAAAAAAAAAAAACAAACACUUAAAAUACUGUGGAGGGAAAUAAUUUAGCAUAAUUCAACUAAGUCACCACAAUAUAAACAAUAAAUGUUAUUUAAAAUAGCCUUCUUUACCUGUUACCUACUUAUUUUCCACCAUUUACCCCUUAAAAACAUUUAAUAUAGUCUCAUUUUAAAUUUGUUUUAUAAUCAUUUAUUAUUCAUAUUGUAGUGAAUUAGAUGCAUUUUUAAAUGAAUGGUUUUAAUUAAUUGGUUGAAUGAUUUGUAGUUGAUUUUUGUCAGCUGUUGGCUAGUGAUUUGUGUAGAUUAGAAUGUUUUCUGUGAAGGUUUUAUUCUGAUGAAGUCCUAAGACAAAAGCAGUGAAUAAAGUGAAAUAUUGCUCUCUGCAGUAUUUUAAGUGUUUUUUUUAUGGUCGGUUGUUGCUGACCACAGUUGGUUUAGUUUAGCAUUUGCAUUAUUACUUAGGGUGUUGUGUCCUCAUCGGCACCAUGGCUGAGAGGACAACUGGAAAUGAGCGAACGUCCCACCACCAUUGUAAGUGACACUACGUAUGUCACUGCAAAAUGUCCAUAUAAUCUUCCCUUUCCACGUGCAUGCUCUCCUACUCUCCGUAUGAAGGCUGCUGCCAGGGCGUGUCUUGGUGAGCUGAAAGACCACCCCAUGAUGUAUAUUUACAUUCCUAUCCCUCCUCUAACAGAUUGUGGGGUCUGCAUUCUACUCCACCCACAGUCCUACAGUAUAGGCAUGCCUGUUCUCCAGUGCUGGCAUAGGCAUGGCCAUUCUGCAAUAUUGGCUCUUUCAAGCUCCCAAGUUAACAUAAUGUGGUGUUCCCGGGCUACAGCCAAAGCUUUACUGGAAGUGGCUAGUCAAUAGUUUUUUUUUUUUUUUUUAAUGCUAUGUUUUAGUCACCAUGUUAGAGCUGAAGCUCUCUGGUUAUUUAUUUGUUUCUCAGGUGUAUUUUCCUGCAUGAAAAAAUUUUGUUUCGCUUUUGCAGAAAGUUUUGGUUAGGUAUUGCUGAUGAUGCCACUCCACAACUGUAUAUUUUUAUAUUAAAAAAAAAAAAGGAUCAGUUUCAGAGUAUAACAUAUGUGACGAAAAGAGAAAAACAGUUAUAAAGAGAGUGUGUAUGCAGAUUGCAUGAUGCACCCUCAGUGCACACUCCAGGUCAUUCCCACUUCUGAGGGGGUAGCUUGGGUUGGAGAGUUACUUAUACAUGUUUGAUGUGCUGUACCUCUUAGUGUGUAAGAAGUACCUUUUUUGCCAUAACCAAGAACAGGAAUUUAAAUAUUAUUAUAAGCAUUGCAGUCAUCAUACCAAAAAAGAAAAAAGAAAAAAAAUUUGAUGUUUUCUAUGUAUAAUGGAGAUUUAUUUAUGAUGAAAUCUAAUAAAGCCAAGCCAGCCCUUAAUACUCGUAUGUACAUGUGUAAAACAAGAGAAUUAUAUUUGUAAUGAAUCUUAUGAGCAGCUCUUUAUUUUUUUUCAGAAGCAGAAAAGUAUGUAUUUUUCAUAGCUGGUGUAUGGAAAAAAUAUUUGUAUGAAAAUUUUAGCGUGCCCAAUAUAAGAAAUGUAAGAGAACUUUAAAUGCAGUUAAUAAAGAAUCUUUAAUAUUAAGCAGUGCUGUUUAAAAUGUUCAUAUUUUAACUUGUAAACUGUAUGGAUUUUGCAGAAAAUUAACUAUGCAUUUUAUAUUUUCCUAAUCUUAAAUGAAGAAAAAAAAUAGUUGUAGAAAAUGUGAAACUGAGAUACAUUUGAAUUAUUUUGUAAAUAUUUUAUUAGCUUUGUGAAAGUAUGUGCUUUCUUAAAGUACUGCACUGUUCUUAUCUUUAUAUCUCCUUUUUUUAAAUUUAUAUCUUUUGAAAGAUUAUGUUCUCCUUUUGUUUGUUUGUUUGGACAGUGGAAUCCUUUAAAUUGCAAAUGUCUGGGAAAUCAUUUUGAAAAAAUAAACAAUUUCACUUUUUCGUA